GAAGAGCAGCGAUCUCGCAUUCAGCAUGUUUCCAUUGACAUGACCUCUUCUGCAGAAGACAUUGCUCAGGCUCUGCGCAAAGCGAACAUUGAAGCUGACUACAUCUUCUACUACGCGUACUUGUCACCCAAGAGUGGAAACUCAGCUAUGAAGCCCGAAACGGCGCAGGAACUUGUAGAAGCCAACGUGCCUCCCUUCAAGAAUUUUCUUGGUUCUUUGCCCCUUGCUGGCAUUGCGCCAAAGCGCAUUCUACUCCAAACUGGCGGCAAGAACUACGGUGUUCAUAUUGGCCGUUCACGCGCGUCUCACGUUGAAUCAGAUCCUCAACCCAGACAUCUUGCACCAAACUUCUAUUAUCACCAAGAAGACGCGCUGAAGGCUUUUUGCAACGAGCACCCCGAGACGGGUUGGAACAUUGUCUUUCCCUUUGCUAUCAUUGGUUCGACCGAAUACGCGUCCAUGAAUGUCUUCAUGGGUUUCGCCAUCUUUGCAGCCGUCCAGGCUCACAAAAGCGAGCCUCUCAAGUUCGGUGGAGACUUCGAGGCCUGGCAGUUUGAGGGCGGCCAGUCGACUGCUCGACUGACUGGAUAUCUCAGCGAAUGGGCUGUACUAGAGGAGAAAUGCGCAAAUCAGUCUUUCAAUGCCAUAGAUGGUGGUCUGCUCAGCUAUGAUCGUUUCUUUCAGGAAUUGGGCCGUUGGUACGGAGUAGGGGAAGUACAGGGUCCAGAGCUUGAUGAAAGCAAGCUGCAAACAAUCACGUUGGCUGGCGGGAAAGAUGCCCCCCUCGGAUGGGGACCUCCUACCAGGAUCCGCUACAGUAAAACACUCGCACAAUGGGCGUCUGAUCCUUCAGUGAAGACGACCUGGGGAGAGAUCAUGGCCAAAUCGAAUGGACAGGUGACGGCAAACCCCUGGGAGGGUAAUUUGAGCGAGUUCUUCACGGGAGGCCUUGAAUAUCUGCCAGUUAACACUGCGUCCAUGAACAAAGUCAGGCGCUUUGGCUUCAGUGGAUAUGUUGACACUCUCGAGAGUGUGUUCGAGAUGUAUCAAGAGAUGGCAGCACUUGGUUUGCUGCCUCAAAUGGUGGUAGAUUCUGCCAACCCCCAGAUCUGAUUGUUGGCUCUGGGGAUUGGAGACACAUGCAUGAAAUGAACAGGGUGUUCGAUCAAGAGAUUACAAAGACUAGUGUUGUGCGUGAGAGCAUUUGUAAAUGUAAAUAUAUUCGAGAGAUUAUGUCUGAUUCUCACAUACGACCAUAGGACGUUGAAAACAAGGCUUCCCGUUCGCUCAGCC